GCAGGCGUGGGUCGGCAUGGCGGCACCGGUGCGGAGGAGCGUGGUGUUCGUGACGGGCAACGCUAAGAAGCUGGAGGAGGUCACUCAGAUCCUCGGGGACUCCUCUCCGUACACGUUGGUGGCGAAGAAAAUUGACCUGCCCGAGUACCAGGGGGAGCCGGACGAGAUCUCCGUGCAGAAGUGCCGUGAGGCCGCCCGGCAGAUUCGGGGGCCUGUUAUAAUAGAGGACACCUGCUUGUGCUUCAAUGCCCUGGGGGGACUUCCAGGACCAUACAUAAAAUGGUUCCUGGAAAAGCUCAAGCCAGAAGGCCUGUACAAGCUGCUGGCUGGAUUUGAGGACAAAUCUGCCUAUGCUCUUUGCACCUUUGCAUUCAGUACUGGAAACCCAGAGGAGCCCGUGAAGCUGUUCAAAGGCCAGACACAUGGGGUAAUUGUUGAGCCCAGAGGUCCUCGAGAUUUUGGCUGGGAUCCCUGCUUUCAGCCUGAUGGCUAUGACCAGACCUACGCUGAGCUGCCCAAGGCUGUAAAGAACUCAAUCUCACACCGGUACCGUGCGCUGAGCGAGCUCUCUGCCUUCUUCCUUCAGAGCAACCCAACAGAGGCCCCCUCCAAUCCCAGCUAGCAUCUCCGUGCCCGCAGACACUGGAUGCUCUACUUUUCAUAUACAGCCCUGCAAGGUCUCAGUUCGGUCACAUGCUUAUAUUAAAGUUGUUCACGGUGAAGCCA